CAAAGAUCUGGUCCUUUUCAAAUGCCCCGAAGAUGGAUAAUGCGUGGAAUUCUUUUUGCUUUUUCGUUGUGAUUAAAGGGCUCCACUGGGAUAUGCGUUUUCUUAGGAUGAAGGCUGAAUGUAACUGCCCUUGCCUUGACAUUUCAGAAGUAAAGUGAUAUGAACUGCGCAUGGAAAGUGAUUGUUCAUUUUGCGCUGUGUGGCAUCUCGGCAUCCUUGGCGGAAUCCGUAACCUUGAUACGAACACCACGCUGCAAGGGGCUUUCCCAGCCUCGCUGUCUCACAACUCUGUCACCAUUUAGGUGAAUUGAACUCUCGCAGCCUUAGAGGCAUGACUGUGCCAAACGAGAAUGACAGCUGGUGCAGUUUUUCACAGAUUCUGGUCACGGUCUGUGAGCGUGCGAGUAAUGGGGACUGAGCGAUCAAUGGAGACUGUGAGGCAGAAGGAGCCUAGCAACAAGCGGGUGAAGCCUCUGUCUCGGGUCACGUCUCUGGCUAACCUCAUCCCUCCGGUCAAGGCUGCACCACUGAAGCGCAUUGGACAGACACUGCAGCGCUCCAUCAGUUUCCGCAGCGAAAGCAGGACUGAGAUUGUUCCUCCUCGGCCAUGGGGUAGGCAGGCGCCGCCCUCCAUCACCAAGCGCCGAGACAGCAAGCUCUGGAGUGAAACAUUUGAUGUUGGCUUGGGCCAGAUGCUGUCCUCCAAAGAAAUUAAAAGGCAGGAGGCCAUCUUUGAGCUGUCUCAGGGUGAGCAGGACCUGAUUGAAGACCUCAAGCUGGCUAAGAAGGCCUACCAUGACCCCAUGCUGAAGCUGUCCAUAAUGACGGAGCAUGAGCUCAAUCAGAUAUUCGGCACCCUGGACUCUCUCAUCCCACUGCAUGAAGACCUGCUCAGUCGACUCCGACAGGCCAGGAAACCAGAUGGGUCUACAGAUCAUGUGGGCCACAUUUUAGUAGACUGGCUGCCCUGUCUGGACUCUUACAAUAGCUACUGCAGUAACCAGGUGGCAGCCAAAGCCUUGCUGGACCAUAAAAAGCAGGAUCAUAGAGUGCACGACUUCUUGCAGCGCUGCUUGGAGUCGCCCUUCAGCCGUAAGUUGGACCUGUGGAACUUUCUAGACAUCCCGCGUAGCCGGCUGGUCAAGUACCCACUUCUGCUACGGGAGAUCCUCAAACACACGCCCAAUGACCACCCGGACCGCCAACAUCUGGACGAGGCAAUCAACAUGAUCCAGAGCAUUGUGGCUGAGAUUAACACUCAGACAGGCGAGUCAGAAUGCCGCUACUAUAAAGAGCGUCUGCUCUACCUGGAAGAGAGCCAGAGGGACAUGCUGAUCGACAGCUCGCGCAUUCUCAGCUGCCACGGAGAGCUGAAGAACAACAGAGGAGCUAAGCUACACGUGUUCCUGUUCCAGGACGUGUUGGUGAUUACACGGGCCAUCACCCACAGUGAGCAGCUGUGGUACCAGCUCUACAGGCAGCCCAUACCUGUGCGGGACCUGGAGUGGGAAGACUUGCAUGAUGGAGAGAUUCGCCUUGGGGGCUCCAUCAGAGGAGCCUUCAGCAACACAGAGAGGACCAAAAACUUUUUCCGGGUGACGUUCCGCAGUGCCGGGCAGCUGCAGUCCCACUCCUUCCAAGCCAGCGACGCCUUCAACAAGCAGCAGUGGCUCAACUGUAUCCGGCAAGCUAAAGUAGCGGUGGGCUCGGAACCCCCUCGGAGUCCGCGGUCUCCCUCAGGGCUUACAACGCCCUCUCAGUACAAAACAGAGGAGCGCAUGGACCAAAGCGACAGCGACUCCUCGGACUGUAGCAUGGACACUAGUGAUGCGGGUGCAGAGGCCACAGAGCCACCCACUGACUGCCCGCUGAUGGAGCACACAGACUGGAUCGCCACCCCUGUGGAAGUGUGAAAAUCGUACUGUAACAUGGACCUGUGUUAUCAUCUCCGCUCACCAAAAAAACCUGUACAGUAUUGUCAUGGAGAAGCCGUGAACUUCAGUGGAAGCCAGAGCAAAUAGAAGCCACACCUGUUUCUGUUCCUUGUCUCACUUACUUCUUUCCUUUUGCACCUCAUUUUGCAUUUUCACUUUUCUUUCUCCUUUUUCAUCUCCUGUGCCUUUCUAUGAAACUGUGGUGUGUUCUGUAGCAGUUCAGACUGUAAAAAAGCCGCAGCAGACGAAAUGGUGAAGAGGACUAAGUGUCUAAAUGUCAUACUUUAGAGUGUGAACUAAAGGUAGCCCUCUGUCUGACCUGUUUAUUCCCCCUCUUCAUCACAUACUCUUCACACCAAGCAGUUUGUCUGCCAACACUCCCUGUUCCACUGCACUACUACUUGUGGCCUCUGAGAGGAAAGAUUCAGAUUCUAUUUAAAGAUGUAUUAUAUUUAUGUCCACGUAAAUAUGUUGAGUGUGUUAUGUCUGCAGUAAUCACCCAGACAAAAUGACCAGCGGAAUGUUUUCACUGACAAUCAAGAAAGUGGUUUGGGAGUCGGGCAACUCACAGUGUUUCAGUGGCAGCAGGUUGUACAGAAGUUUCUACUGUGAUUUGAAGUUCUGCUCUGUGGCUAGACUGACGGACGCAAGGUGGACGAGGCCUGUGGCCUGGAGAGACUCAAGCUAAACCCAUGCAGCCUUCUGAUAAAUGUGUUUCUAUAAGCCACAGCUAUGUUGUAUAUGUAUAUCUAUCACCUGGCAGAGACCACCAAUGAAGUAUGUGCACCCUCUGUAGCUGACUUGAAAGGAAUCGAGCCAGCUGUGGCCAGUGCUGUUCCUCUGAAGGGCAGAACAUGUUUGAACACGUAAUCAUUAAUCUGCGAUAAUGUAUCAAUGCAAAUGGAGUCACAUCCAACAGGCCAAUUGUGUGAAGCACUUUGAUUAAAGAAAGUAUCCUGAGAUGGAAGAUAAUCCAUUAAACUUGUAAUCUGUCUCUUGGAAGUUUUGGAUAUGAAAUUUGAACUACAAAUAAUGUCCCGUUGAACAUCAAGACAUAAGAUGAAUUUGUGAACAUGCGUCAUUAACCCGUAUAAAGUGGUAGAAGACUCUGUCACUUGGUGUAAAAAGUCCGAUUAGCCUGUGCCAUGUUGCUCAGCAUACAGAGUCAUCUUUUACUGGGUGUUGUGAGUGUGUUUGUGUGCGUGUGCUGAAACCAGUGUAUCGCAUCAUGUUUUACAGCUGCAACUGAGAAAAAAAAUCCAUUGCCAAAAAGUGUUUGUUUUAAUCUUGUGCAAGUUUACUUUUCAGGCCCUUACAUCGUUUUGUUUCAUAUUGUCACAAGGAAUCGACAUUGCCAGGUAAUCUCUAUAAAAAAAUAUCCAAAAAACAGUAUAUGGUUUUAUUGUUUUUCGUUUUCUUUAUUUUUUCAAAGAAAUGUAUUGAAAUUUAUGCAGUAGGAUGUUUAUUUAUAGCUUAUUUUUCACCUGACCUAACUAUUGUGUUCUCUUUCGGGUUGCUCAUGGAAAAAGGAAGUGGUAUAACUGGAGGUAAAGGAGUGAAAUGGGUUUAGAGUGUUGGAUCUGAGGUGAUGGAGAGAAUUGAAGAGUUUUCGGUCACAGAGAGCGUUCUUAUAGCCAUAUGGAGGGGUAUAUGAAAGCCACCAGGUUGUGUUGGACUGUGUUAGCACGGCACGUCUAUACUGAUUGAAAGUUGGAAAGUGUGUGAUCUUGAGAGUACAAAAUAAAUGAUUUUAAAAGCAUAA